AUGAUUCGCGUCAGAGGUAUCCUUCGCCUGCUCCUCUUCCAAGCAGUAUUGCCCACUAUAGUCCAAUCUCGGCAAUGUUACCUCACAAAUGGCAAAGCAGCAGACUCAAGCUUCCAGCCCUGCUUCCCAGAUCAAGAUGACAGCCCCUGCUGUUCACUAGCCAAAAGCAACACAACCCCCAAUGACAUCUGCCUCUCUGGCGGAGUAUGCUAUAUCCAAGAUCCAAAUUUCCGAGGCCUCCUACGGCAGGGUGCUUGCACCGACAAGACUUGGAAGAGCGGACAGUGUCCCGAACUCUGUGAUACGGUCUCCGACGCAACCCUCUACGUAAUCCCCUGUCCCCUCCAAGGCCGCGGCUUCUGGUGCUGCAGCGUAAACGGUACAAACUGCUGCGACGACGCCGUGCGCCUAGACAUGGGCCAGAUGAUCAACGUAUCCGUGACAUCACUCACAUCAGAAAUUUCCUCCUCAUCGGGCUCAUCUAAGUCCGCGCUCUCGUCGUCAGUAUCCUCCGUCUCGCCAUCCCCAAAAGCAUCAUCAUCAUCGCCUUCGUCGACCAACGCCAACACCGAUACCGAAACAAAUACAAAGACCAAUCCUAAGGAUACAACAUGCACUCCUGGCUCAAACACCAGUGCCACAUGUCCAGCUUCUAAAACAACAGUGAUUAGCGCUGGACUCGGUGCUGGGUUGGGUGGGUGCCUUCUGAUCGCUAUUGUGACGAUGGUCGUGCAGCGGCGGAUCUACAAGAAGAAUCUGCGGCAGAAGGAGGCGAUGAUUGAUGAGAUUGCUGCGGCGAGCUCGGCGCAACAUUUGGGUUAUCCCUAUGCGGGGAGGGACAAGAUUAUGUUUCCGGCAGAGCUGGGGCCGCGGGAUACGCGCAUUCAUGAGGUUGAGGGGAAUGGGCUUAAUGAGAAAUGA